GCGUGUGCCAUGUGUGGACUUUUCUUUAUGGUUGGGGUUUCGAGUAUGUGUCUGACGUCUACUGGAUAUCUAGUGAAGAAGUCCUUUUGCCUUGUUUUUCGUACUUUGUUGGAUAAGGAUAUACGGAGGUGUGUGUUUUUCUCCAUCCCAGGAAGGGACAGAGACUCAAGGGAAAAAAGAUGUUGGUUGGGAUCUACAUAUAAAAAAACGGGGGGAGUUUUUUUUUCCAUCGGAUCAAGCUGGGCUAAACUGGCUUCGUUUCUUUUUACCUUGUUUCUCUCUCGCUCUCGGAUUUUCUUCUUGAUGAGCAAAGCUACUUUUGAAGUGGCUCGCUUUUUGUUUUGUAUCCUGUUAGUGGCUCGAUACGAUGGUAUUGAGGAAUCCAAUAGUCUCUGUUCAUGA